AACUUAGUUUCCCCAGCGAUUUGCUUAUGCGUAGCUUUCUAUUUCUAGUUGAUUCCCCACUCCCAACCAAUUUGAAUGGAGCUGGAAGCCAACACAACAACUGACAUUGGCUUAUGAAAGCAUCUCCUGGAUCUAUUUAUGUAGCUCAGCUAACCAGAAGACCUGACUGUGUUGUAAGAAUCUCCUUCGACAUUUAUCAUAAGAGAGAUAUAAUCACUGGAGAAAUAUUUUAAAUCAUUCCAAGAAGCAGCAGGAGUGUUUUUCCAAAAAUGGCGUUACUGUCAAAGUUACGCUGCAUCACUGUAGAUGUCACCGGCACACUUCUGGCUUACAAAGGGGAACUUGGCGAUUACUACUGCAUGGCAGCCAAAGCUGUUGGAUUGCCUUGUCCAGAUUACAAGCGCAUGCAUGAGGGCUUCAAAGCGGCAUACACUGACAUGACAAAAAAAUAUCCUUGCUUUGGUCAUGCAGCAAAAAUGCCGAACAUUGUCUGGUGGAAAACAUGUGUGAAAGAUUCCUUCAUCAGGGCAGGGUAUGAUUAUGAUGAGGAGACAUUUGAGAAGGUUUUCAGGCGCAUAUUUUCAGUUUUUGGAUCCUCUGCACCUUAUACUGUCUUCCAGGACUCCCAGCCAUUCCUAAGAUGGGCACGUGAACAAGGGAUCAUUGUUGGGAUUGUCAGCAAUGCUGAAUAUCGGUAUCAGGAUGUCAUUCUUCCCGCAUUGGGUCUGAACAAGGGAUCAGAGUGGGACUUUGGUGUGUUUUCUGGUCUUGAAGGUGUGGAAAAGCCAGACCCGAGAAUCUAUGAAAUUGCACUGGAAAAAGCAGGAAAUAUUGCACCAGAAGAGGCCUUGCACAUUGGGGACAGCAUGCGUAAGGAUUAUCUUCCAGCAAAGAGUGUGGGAAUGCAUGCAUUGCUGCUGGAUAGAUUUAAGUCAACUGAUGCUGACAGUUGGAGGAAAUCUGGUGCCAUUGUGCUUCCUGACUUAGUGGCUGCACAAGCUUGGCUUACAUCAGAGGAGAAACCUCAUUGCGAGUCUCUCUAUCCUUAAGAUGGUACAUCUUUGAAGGAUGAACUCAAGAUCACAAAUACUAGUCAGUGUCUUGCUCCAAAAUGUUCACAAAAAGUUACCUUAAAUAGUAGUUCUCCAUCCCCGUACAC